AUGUUCGGACCGUUCGACAUUGCACUGAUUGCCGGCCUCGUCCUCAUGGCGGGCUUUGGCUGGAGCCUGGGCGCAAUCCAUGCCCUCGGCUCCGCGUUGGCCUUGGUUGCUGCCGUCGCUGCUGCGGCGGCAACGCCGCUUCCUGUGCUGGCCGCCCUUGCAGCCUUUGCGGUCGUCAUUUUGGCCGGCGCGCUCGCGGCGCAGCGCGCUCGCACAAGGAAGCCGAGUUCGUCGUCGCGCCUUGUCGGCGCGGCCGUGGCCAUUGUUCCAGCCGCUGCGAUUGCGGUCGCCCUUGCCGGCGCGCUCAAUGUCCGCCUCGAUGACAACAGUGUGGUCCGCACCGCAUGGAGCUAUCCGGGCAUUCAACUGAUCGGCGAGCGGAUGAUGGCACGAGGCGACCUUGCCCUCGCCAUUGCCUUUCCCGAACCGAUUGCGGACGAACCCGAAGACGAGGCAGGCGACCAAACAGCAUCGGCCCGCCCGGUCGACUGGGCGCGCGUUGCACCGUUUGACAGAGGCAUUUCCCGCAUCCUGACCGGCAGUGUUGUCGCCGCGGACCGCGCACCCCUAUCGUUCGAGGUGACCGGCACCCUUUCAUCCGUCAACGUCGAGAUCGGCGACCGCUUUUCAACGGACGACGUUCUGGCGGAGCUCGAACCGACGGCAUUGCGGAUCGCGCUGGAUGAACGCCGCGCGGCACUGAUCGAAGCCGAAGCGCGCGCGACCGAAGCCCGGCUGAUGCUGGAACGACAGCAAGAGCUGUCCGCCAGCCGGGUUAUCAGUGAAGCAGCACUCGAGUCGGCUGUGGCGGUCUCCGAGAGCGCGCAAAGCCGCCUGGCCAUGGCCGAGGCGGGCGUGCGCCAAGCGGAAGACCGUCUGGAUGACGCGGUGCUGCGUGCGCCUUACGAGGGGAUCGUUGCCGCGCGCCUGGUCGAGCCGGCGCAAACGUUGCAGGCAGGCGCGCCGGCCUUCGAAAUCCAGAACGCGAACGCAGGCUUUCAGAUCGAGAUCACGGUGCCGGACGCGCUGAUCGCGCAAAUCGUCCCAGGUUCCGAUCACGGGGCUGUCAUACUCGAUGGCACCGCGACCGCCGUUACGGCGCGCGUUCAUGAGAUCGGCAGCCGCGCCAACGCGACGACCGGCUUUCCCGUCACACUCGAUAUUCUCAAUGCCGAUCACGGCGUUCGCGCCGGCAUGACGGCCGAGGUCCAUCUGGACUUGAGGUCGGACCCGCGCACCGCUGGCGCAAGCGACGUUCUCGGCAUCCCCUACACUGCGAUCCUGCCGGGUGACGGUGACCGCCAUGUCGCCUUCGUCUUUCAGUCGGACACGCAGACGCUUGAAAAGCGCCGUGUAACCGUCGCUGGGCGCGAAGGCACGACGGCGCUCAUCUCCGAAGGACUGGAGGACGGAGACAUCGUCGCAACACGAGGCCUGCCCUUCCUCCAUGACGGCCAGCGCGUCGCCCUGCGGGGCGUCGGAAUCGUACGGUACGACGACUGA